AUGAGUAUCUCGCUGUCUACCCCUACUUUUAAGGUGGGUCUUACACCAGAAGAGAAAAAGUUAUACACACAAUUAUUCAAAUCAUUGGAUCCCGAAAAUACCGGUGUUGUUACUGGUGAGAAAGCAAGAACCACCUUUGAGAAAUCUGGGUUGCCACCUUCUAUUUUGGGUGAAAUCUGGCAAAUAUCUGAUCUGAACAAUUUGGGGUUUUUGAAUCAAUUUGGAUUUUGCUAUGCAAUGAGAUUAAUUGGGUAUACACAGUCAGGACAACACCCAGUGCCAGGGUUAGCAGAUGUUCCUGGUCCGUUGCCAAAGUUUGUGAAUUUGAGUUUACCACAGCAAAACAAUUUACAGCCACAGUCGACAAACAGUUCGUUUAUGUCGUCACAACCAAAUGCUUCUAUUCCACAAUCGGCCGCUUCUCAAGAUUCUUUUGCUGCUGUUUCUCCUAACGACUAUCAAAAGUUUUCUCAAUUGUUCAUCAAGACCGUUGGGUCUGCUCAAGGUGAUUUGGAUGGGUCAAGAGCAAAAGAUAUUUUCUUGAAAGCCAAGUUGCCAACUACAACUUUGGGACAAAUUUGGAGUUUAGUUGAUAGAUACAAUACUGGGAAAUUGAAUGUCGGUGGAUUUGUGAUUGCAAUGUAUUUGAUCCAAGGAUUGUUAAGUGGACAUAUUAAACAAUUGCCUCCAUUUUUGCCUGAAUCAAUUUGGAAGUCAGUCGAGCAACCACAACAGCAACUGCAUCCAGCAAUUGCUGCUCAGAACACUCUGCAAUCUCGUCAAGUGUCUCACAGUUCUAUUAACUCUCAGCUGACUGCAAUUAGACAUCCAACUACCAGGGACGUAUCAUCUACUGGUGAAUGGAUUGUUACUCCUGCAAUGAAACAACAAUAUGAAUCUAUUUUCAAUAAUCUUGAUAAGGAAAAGAAGGGUCGCUUAAACCCAGACCAAGUCGCAUCAUUUUUAAUGACAUCGAAGUUGAACCAGCAAGAUUUGGCAUUGAUUUGGGAUUUGGCCGAUAUUCAGAACUCGGGAUUUUUUUCAAAAUUGGAGUUCUCUGUUGCGUUAUUCUUAGUUAACAGGAAAAUUGCUGGUAAGCCCUUGCCAAAUGUUGUUCCAGAUGAAUUACUUGUUUCAUUAAAACAAGAACCAGUAGCUUCGCACUCUUCAACUGUUGGUUCGAGUAGUUUGGAGUCCCAACCCCAACCCCAACAUCAACAACAACAGCGCCAAGUUUCAGACAUUCAGAAUAGUUCAGUUCCUGUUCAAUCACAAUCUAUUGCUAAAUCGAAAUCCUCUAUAGACGAUUUGGUUGAUAUUUUUGGGAGUUCCGAUGCUGCUGCAAGCAAUACUCCUACCGCUGCACCUCAAGUGAAACCGGAACUUGUACAGAGAGCAUCAAGUAGUGACUUAUCACAUGCAGAAGUACCAAGAAUUCGUAACACCUUGACUGGUUCUUUCAAACCAACUUCAAGUUUUGGUCAGUCGUUGAUGCAACAGCAGGAGACCCGACACCAGUCACUGUCAUCAAACUUGGCAUCUCCAGUCGAAGAAAAGAAACAAGUUCAAAGCUUGUCUACUGGUGAAAGAGCAGUUUCUCCUCAACCUCAGCAACAACAGAAAUCUGUCAAUUAUGAAGCGUUAAGAAGUGUUCCUCCACCUCCUCCACCACCAUCGCAAACACAGCCUUCACUCCAAAAAAGGGAUAGUGCUCCUGUGCCUGGUGCUGUUUCUUCACCAAAUCCUUAUACACCUUCAUCGCAACAACCAUCUGGUGAAAGGUCUUUGUCGCAACGAGCCCCAAGCAGUAGUAAUGAUGAUUUGUUGGCAGACCCUGCUAUUUCUGGGCAAUUAUCGCAAGCCACCUCUGAUAUUGCUAAUGUUUCAAAUCAAAUAAAAUCACUCACUAGUCAAACCACUAACUUACACGAAAAGAAAACGAGAGCUGAAAAAGAACUUCAAAGAAUUUUAAUUACUAAAUCCGAGAUCGAAAACAAGUUGAAACAAUUGAGGGCUUCUUAUGACAAUGAAGUGAAACAAGUGGAACAAGUUGAGGCAAACUUAGCAACCGCUAAAGAAGAAACUGAAGCAUUGAGAUCAGAAGCAUCUAUUGCUGAAGCAAAAGUUAACUCCUUGUCGGGUGAGUUACAUGAAAAACAAGUCGCUAUGGAAAGUUUGCAGAAAGAAAAUAGUACUUUGAAAGAAAAAUUGGGCAGUUUGAAUGCAGAGAUAGUUGAGCUUGAAAAGCAAGCUGCUUCCAAAAGUCAGGAAACCCAUGCUUUGUCUAAUCAAGUUGCUGUAAAGAAAUCACAAGUUCAAGUUGCCAUAGUCAAGAGUGAAGAAUUGAAGAGUAAGAUUGCCGAAAUUGAAGCUUCGCAUAAGCAAUUGCAAUUGGACUUGGAUAAUGCUGAAAGAGAAAGAUUGGACUCGGAAAACCGUGCCAAGGAGUUGCAUGCAAAGUCUGUCGAGUUGGAACAAAAUAAACCAACAAAUCCAAGUGCCGGCAUAACUGCUACUAUUGGUGCUGCUGCCGUUGGUGCUGCCGCCGUUGUUGGUGGUGGCGUGGCAAGUGUAGUUCAUCACCUUUCUGCUGGAAGUACUGAAUCAAGCGACUCUGGAUCAAGAAAUGACCCCGUUGAACGUUCUGUUAAGGAAGAAACUGAGUCUGAUAAUGACGUAGAAGAAACUAAUGCUAGGUUCCCUCAAUUACAAGUCAGUGAACCUGCUGAUAAUGCCACAAAUACAACCUCCUCAAAUAUCACAGAUCGCGCUACUGAUGAUGAGGAAACCCCUAUAACUUCUCCAAGCAAUUCCGAUUUCCAGUUCCCACAGGGAAACAAUGCUGCUAUUGUUGGUGGUAUGGUAGGCAUGCCUGGCGUUUUGGUUGGAGUUCAAAGAACGGAAUCUUUGACUUCCAGUGUGCAGAACAAUGCUGCUUUAUCUGUGCGUGACGAUAAUAUAGAUGAAAUUAGUGAUCGUGAGACUUUAGAAAAUGCUGAUAGUAGUGAAGAAACUGCUCCAAAUACUGCAAACACUGGCAGCUUCGACAGUGCUGAAAGACAGCACCUUGAAGGAAGUGAUAAAGGCUCUUCUUCUUUUGAAAUUGUUAAUGCCGAAGAAGCAAGAUCUCCGGAGCAUGGGAAUGAUGAAUUUCCUCCUAUUAGAGAAUUGGAUUACCAAGAAAGUGACUCGUCAGAUGACGGAGAGGAUCAAACAUUUGAUGAUGCUGUUGAUAGUUUACAAAAACAAGAGAAACUGUAUCAAGGAAGUAGCACGGUUGGUAGAGAGGUUGAUUCUGCUCCUUCUGAGAGGGCUCAAUCUACAAGGGAUUCCAACUUUGAUGAUUUCGACUUUGAUAAUUUGCAGCCAGCAGCUCCAGAAACUGAAACAAAUGAGAAAGAUUUUUUCAAUGAUGAAUUUACUAAUUUAGAAGCUGCUAAUGUUGAUAAUGCAGGGGAUGAAGAGUUUGGCCAAGAGAAUGACGAGUUUGGUGGGUUAUCUGAAGAUUUCACCAACUCCAAUGCACCAGACUUUAGUCGUCCAGAAGAAUCUAGUACUGCUCCCUUAGAAGGAAAUGAUGAGUGGGAGCAAUUAUUUGCGGGAUUUGGAAAUUCGCAACCUCAACAAGAGGAGCAAUCUCUGGGUGAUAUACCGGCGUCAGGCUCGGCUCGGGUAUCGGAGCCGCCUAGUUCUGUGUCGGCUCCAUUGACACGCGACCCGCCAAGAUAUGAGUCUCCUCCGACUGCACAACCUACCAGAACAUCUUCAAAUGAGUACGCUAUACAAGAAUUGGUGGGGAUGGGUUUCGAUGAAAACACAGCAAUCGAAGCUUUGAAGAAAGAAGACUGGAACUUGGAAGCUGCUACAAACUAUUUAUUGGACACUGCUUAA